GUCUGAGAUUGCAAUGCAGAGGGAGGGAGGUUCCUGUUGCGGCAUAAAGCGUGGGAUCUCUUGUUUCUGAAAUUCCUAUGUUGUGGAGCGUUUGAGAGAUUCGGUUUUUUUUUGUCUGUUUCUCUUUGUUGUGGAGUUUCUGGAUGAGGAGUGUGUUGAAUUUUGUGGAGGAGAGGAUUUUGGAGUUUUUGUGCUAGUGAGGCAGUGUUCAAAUUGAGAAGAUGCUGAGGAAUAGAGCCUAACAAAGCUAGCCAGCAAGGGAGGUGGUUUUUUGUAUUUCCUGGACAAGCUGCAGGGAUGCCUUCUGAAAUUAUGGAGAAUAGGGGUGUUUCUGUCUCAUCCCAUUAUUUGGAUGACAUUUCCUAUGCUUCUGAGAAGAAUAUUGGAAUUCGGAAGCCUAAAUCUAUUCAUGCCCAUUUUCUACAAGGGAUGAAUGAAAUGGAAGCAUCACCUGGCAGCAUUUUGAAUACUUCAUCACCCCUUGAAACAAAUGCUAAAACAGGCUUGCCAAUGUCUCAGAAUCUAUCUGGGGAAAUUACAGAAGACCUACAUUUUGGAGGAGAAGCAGGCUCUAAAGACAUGCUGAAGGAUUCCAGGGAAUCAUUGAAUUAUCAAAAGAUAUCAUGGUCUACUGUGCAGAGGCAGCCAGCAUCUAGCUCACAUGGUUUGAUUGGGAGCAAGAUUGUCACCAAUGCUGCCUCACGUGAAAGUAGUCUAUUUUCAAGCUCACUGUCUGAGAUGUUUAGCCAAAAGUUCAGGUUAAUGGGGAAUGGAGGGCUGUCUGAUCAACCCAUUACUGUUGGUUCCCUUCCCGAGGAAGAACCAUAUAAAUCUCUUGAAGAAAUUGAGGCUGACACUAUUGGAAAUCUCCUUCCCGAUGAAGAUGAUUUGUUUUCUGGAGUCACUGAUGAGUUAGGAUGCAAUACCCACACAAGAACAAGUGAUGAUUUUGAAGAUUUUGAUUUGUUCAGCAGCGGUGGAGGCAUGGAGUUGGAAGUAGAUGAACAUCUAGUUUCCGGAAAAAGAACUAGUUGUGUGGAGGGAAAUCUUGAGUACUUUGGAGUUUCUGAGGGAAAAAUUCCUUUUGGUGAACAAUCUUCUAGAACACUUUUUGUUAGAAACAUCAAUAGCAACGUAGAAGACUCUGAGCUAAAAGCACUCUUUGAGCAAUAUGGAGAUAUCCGAAACAUAUAUACUGCCUGCAAGCAUCGUGGGUUUGUUAUGAUUUCUUAUUUUGACUUAAGGGCGGCACAAAAUGCUAUGAAAGCACUUCAAAAUAGAUCAUUGAGAUCUAGGAAACUUGAUAUACAUUAUUCAAUUCCAAAGGACAAUGCUCCGGAGAAGGAUAUUGGCCAUGGUACACUGAUGAUAUCUUGUCUUGAUUCAUCUGUUUUGAAUGAUGAACUUAAACAGAUAUUUGGAUUUUAUGGAGAGAUUAAAGAAAUCUAUGAAUAUCCACAAUUGAAUCAUGUCAAAUUUAUUGAAUUUUAUGAUGUCCGAGCUGCCGAAGCUUCCCUUCGUGCUCUGAAUGGGACCUGCUUUGCUGGGAAGCACAUCAAGCUUGAACCUGGCCCUCCUAGGAUUGCAACAUGUAUGAUGCAGCAGUCUCAGAAGGGACAAGAUGAACCUGAUCUUGGUCAUAAUCUGAGUGACAACUUUUCCUUAAGACAUAAGGCAGGAGUGUCAUCUGGAUUUAUUGCUUCUGGUGGCGGCUUGAAAAAUGGAUAUAAUCAGGGAUUUCAUUCCGCAACACGACUACCUUUGAAUGCUUUUGUUGAUAACUCAUUGUUUCAUAUGAAUUCUAGCAUGCACAAGACCACAAGAGGGGCAUCUGCUGGAAAAGCAUCUGGUGUUUGUGAGGCCAGUAACACUAUUGAUGCAUUGAAAUUUGCAUCUAGGUUCCAUCCCCAUUCUUUACCUGAAUAUCGGGAUAGUUUAGCUAAUGGAAGUCCUUAUAGCUUUUCAAGUACCAUUAACAUGGCUUCCAAUAUUGGAACUGGAUCAACAGAAUCAGCUGACAGCAGGCACAUUCAGGGAAUGAGCUCAACUGGGAAUCUAACAGAGUUUAAUGCAGGAGGAAAUGGGAGCCACCCCCAUCAUGGACUUUAUCAUAUGUGGAAUGGCUCCAGCUUGCAUCAGCAAUCUCCAUCAAAUGCCAUGGUUUGGCAGAAAACACCAUCCUUUGUUAAUGGUGCUUGUUCUCCAUGUCUUCCACAGAUACCAAGCUUUCCUAGAACACCGCCUCAUGUGCUGAGAGCAUCACAUAUAGACCAUCAAGUGGGAUCAGCACCAGUUGUUACAGCCUCGCCAUGGGAAAGACAGCAUUCCUACUUGGGAGAGUCACCUGACACUUCUGGUUUUAGAUUGGGUUCUGUAGGAAGUCCAGGUUUUCAUGGUGGCUGGCAGUUGCAUCCUCCGGCUUCUCACAACAUAUUUUCUCAUGUUAGUGGGAACGGUACAGAAUUGACAUCAAAUGUUGGGCAGGGCUCUCCUAAGCAGUUGUCACAUGUUUUUCCUGGGAGACUUCCCAUGACUUUGGCUUCUAAACUUGAUUCUACCAAUGAACGAAUGAGAAACCUCUAUCCUCGUAGAAGUGAACCAAACGCUAACAACAAUACUGAUAAAAAACAAUAUGAACUUGACUUGGGCCGCAUUUUGCGUGGGGAAGACAACCGGACAACACUGAUGAUAAAAAAUAUUCCCAAUAAGUAUACAUCAAAGAUGCUUCUUGCUGCCAUAGAUGAGCAAUGUCGGGGAACUUAUGAUUUUCUGUAUUUGCCAAUUGAUUUCAAGAACAAAUGUAAUGUUGGCUACGCAUUCAUCAAUAUGAUUGAUCCUGGUCAAAUUAUUCCAUUCCACAAGGCUUUUAAUGGGAAAAAAUGGGAGAAGUUCAACAGUGAAAAGGUAGCCGUACUUGCCUAUGCCCGAAUUCAAGGAAAAGCUGCUCUUAUUGCUCAUUUUCAGAAUUCAAGCCUGAUGAACGAAGAUAAACGUUGCCGCCCUAUUCUCUUCCAUACAGAUGGCCCAAAUGCUGGUGAUCCGGAGCCAUUUCCCUUGGGUAACAAUGUUAGAGUGAGGCCUGGAAAGUCUCGCAUUAAUGCUAAUGAGGAGAAUCGCAGCCAAGGGAAUCCUUCAUCUUUGGCAAGUGGAGAAGAUUCUGGGAACGGAAUGGAAUCUUCAUCAAGCUCUUCAAAAAACUCUGACUGAUUUAGCAUCAUGCACUAACAGUUCAAUGCUGCAUGACAUGUCAACUCCAAUACUGUAUAUUUACAUUUUCUUUUUGUUCGAUCAAGCGUGAAAGGAGUUGGAGCCAGUAGGAAAGGGGGCUCGCAAUUUUUUCCUAUAGAGGAGCCUUGCAAGAGUUUUUGGAACUUGAGGUACAUAACCAAAUGAAGUCACUGAUUCUAGUGUUUUCUUUAUUUACCUAAAAUUUUGCAUGGAGUACUGCUACCAUCUUACAAGUUUAGACAAUGGCUUAACUGAAGCUUAAAAUUUUGGCUACCUGUGAAUGGACAAAGUGACAAUUUGCAGUUCCCUUGAGAUGAUGGGGUUUCAAGGGUUCUUCGCUGGUUUUGUUUCCAUUGUGAUCUUUAAUGUUCAUAUGUAAUUUUGUUUCCUUGUAUCCCUGGGCAUUGUUAUCAUUAUGGGUUUUGUUGUCCAUAUAAUGGAUUGUUGAGGAAAGACAUUUAAAUGGAACAUUUUCUUCGAUGGUACUAAUUCAGAUUUGCUGUUUCGUU